AUGGCCAACCUCCGAAAAACCCACCCCCUCCUAAAAAUUGCAAACGACGCACUAGUUGACCUCCCAGCCCCUUCAAACAUCUCCGUUUGAUGAAACUUUGGGUCCCUACUAGGACUCUGUCUUGCCGCCCAGAUUCUGACAGGCCUCUUUCUAGCCAUACACUACACCUCCGACAUCGCCACCGCCUUCUCCUCCGUUGCCCACAUCUGCCGUGACGUCAACUACGGCUGACUCAUCCGAAAUAUGCACGCUAACGGCGCAUCUUUCUUCUUCAUUUGUAUUUACCUCCACAUUGGCCGAGGCUUAUACUAUGGCUCCUACUUAUAUAAAGAAACCUGAAAUAUUGGAGUAAUCCUCCUCCUUUUAACUAUAAUAACAGCUUUCGUAGGCUACGUCCUCCCCUGAGGGCAAAUAUCAUUCUGAGGCGCCACUGUCAUUACAAAUCUUCUUUCCGCAGUCCCUUACAUCGGCAAUUCUUUAGUCCAAUGAAUUUGAGGCGGAUUCUCUGUAGACAAUGCCACCCUCACUCGUUUUUUUGCCUUUCACUUCCUCCUUCCCUUCAUUAUUGCAGCUGCAACCAUAGUGCACCUUAUUUUCUUACACGAAACCGGAUCUAACAACCCCACAGGCCUCAACUCAGACUCCGACAAAAUCUCUUUUCAUCCUUACUUUUCCUACAAAGACCUGCUAGGUUUUGCAGUCCUUUUAAUUACCCUCAUCUCCCUAGCCCUUUUCUCCCCUAACCUGCUCGGAGACCCCGACAACUUUACUCCUGCAAACCCCCUAGUCACCCCACCCCACAUCAAGCCUGAAUGAUACUUCCUAUUUGCUUAUGCCAUCCUCCGCUCGAUCCCCAAUAAACUUGGGGGAGUCCUCGCCCUUCUGUUUUCAAUCCUUGUCUUAAUAAUUGUACCCAUUCUCCACACCUCUAAACAACGAGGCUUAACCUUCCGCCCUAUUACACAAUUUCUCUUCUGACUUCUAGUUGCAGAUGUCGCCAUCCUCACCUGAAUCGGGGGUAUGCCCGUUGAACACCCCUUCGUUAUUAUCGGACAAGUUGCAUCUUUCCUCUACUUCUUCCUUUUUCUCGUCCUCACCCCCCUCACCGGCUGACUAGAAAACAAAAUCCUUGAAUGACACU